AGUAAAAUGCUCUUCUUUGCUGGUAAAACAUUCAGAAUCCAGCUUAUACAGAGCCUACUGUCAAUUUAAAGACCGCCAAUCAAUUUCCUCAUAAAGAACAAGAGCCGCACACGGAAGCUCCCUUCACCCUCCCUCUUCAUGCGGUGCGAAGCUUCCCCUGGAAGCUCAGAGACGUACAAAAAUAGGCCAACUCCGUACAAGGCACGGCUUGCAUUCGUAUCCUGGUGUAUCAAUAUCGAGAAUCUCUUGAAGCUAAGCCAGGAACAUCGUGGCUCGGCACCUUGUCUGCUUCAGCUUCGACGCGACUAACAAAAGCCAAUUGCUCCCCCAUUGGCCAUGAGUGAUUUGUUGUUGGCUGACAAGUUACAACUACUACCCCUCCACGUAUAAGAUAGUUAGAGCUGCUGCAGACUCUUGAAGCUACUGGGAACAAUAUCUUGGAAUUAACAACCCGGCACUCCCGGACAACCAACCUGGUUCCCCGUCUUGACCGCCAAAGACGACAUCCAAGGUUUGCUUUGGUCAUACGAAGCUGAUAUGACUGUAUCCAAAAGAUUCGGCCAGAAGCGAUGAGGGGGAUGUGAUAGAGUAGGAUUCCGACCUAUAGUGCUUUUCAAUGUGCGGUAGCUCACUCAACCUGAGUGUGUAGUAUGUAGGUAUGUAUGUACUAAGUAAGGCACUUGUUGAGCUGUCCAAAUUCGGUUACAUGAAAAUGACUUGAUCGAGAGGAGCUGUUUGCUUUUUUCUUCUUCCCUUCCCUUCUUUCUUCUUUUUGGUGUAGACGAAAUAUUUCUUCCUCAUUCCUGCCCUCUUGUCUCUUCCUCUCACUCAUGUCCUUCACCUCGUCAACCCCGAGCUCAAUCUCUCACUUCUUUCCAAAAAAACACAUCGUCCAAUAUUGGCUUCUACCUUAAUUAUUCCUAGACACCCUUUUCUUCUCCCUUUCAAUCCUUUUUAGGCCUAUGCCGUAGGCUGAUUCAGGCCUGUCCCCCUCUUCCUCCCACCGCCACCUUAUCUUUGGGAUACUAUCCCUCCUGUCGCUCGCUCAGGUCGUCGAUCCCGCUCGAUAUCCCAGAUCCCAGAUCCCUGAACCGAACCGGAGAGCCCACUAAAAACCACCCAAGCAGCGUCUUCGGAGCUCACUGACUUGACUGACCACGGAGCACCCCACUAAGUUAACUUGCCUACUGCGGACGCGAACCGUUAGCUAUCGAUCAUAGCUCCACUGCGACAGGCACGUUGCGUAGUGCAACAGCGCUUCCUUGGUUACGAGUUUCAGUGUCUGGCCGAGCUGUGCUUUUGUCGUUUCGCGGGGCACGAAGCGCCCGCUCUUCUCUUCUCUCAUCAUGAGUCCACCGCACACCAUGACAUCCAACGAGGUCUAUUUGCUGCCGCUCAACGAUGAUGGUUCACCUCAGGUGCAAGGUGAAUACAUCUAUCUCGCGCCCAGGUCCCACGAGCCUGUGACGGUUCGUUUUGCCAUUGAGGGCACCUCGUCCAUCUGUCGUCAUGGCAGCCUUUGGGUCAACAUCCCUGCCCAAGGUGAUGAGUUUCGUCGCGAUCAUUUUCGCGAGUUCAAGUAAGCUUCAGCUGUUAUUUUGAUCCAAUUGAUCACUUUUGAGGCAGUUUGAAGCGUCCCAACGCUGUAGCCAGCAUACGCAACUCUGUAUAACUAACACAGUUGUUUUACAGACUUACACCCGAUUUCAAUCGAACUCUCGAAAUCUCCAUUCCCAUUUAUCAACCUGGUGCCUAUGCCUUCUACACUACCUACGCUGAGCUACCUGACCUCAAGAAGGAGCUAGAAAACAGCUCUGAACAGAAGGAGAACCUCAAGAAGACUCCCCUGUACUAUAUCGAUGUUGCGCCUAGACUUAAACUUGACGGCCGGCCAUUGCCGUUGCCUGCCUUGUCAAUCUUCUCCGUCAUUAGCAAGUUCAUGGGUAAAUACCCCAAUGACUGGGAGCGUCACCUUCACGGUAUUAGCGAUCGCGGCUACAACAUGAUCCAUUUUACUCCUCUCCAGGUUCGCGGAGUGUCCAACUCCCCAUACAGUUUGUAUGACCAGCUUGGCUGGGACCCUGCUUGCUUUCCAGCAGGAGAGGAGGAUGUGCAGAAGAUGGUGGACAGCCUAGAACGCAACCACUCUUUGUUGAGUUUAACUGACAUUGUGCUAAACCACACCGCAAACAACACGAAAUGGCUCGAGGAACAUCCCGAAGCAGGCUACAAUUUGAUUACAGCGCCCUGGCUCGAGUCCGCUUAUCAACUAGACACAAGUCUCUUGGAGUUGAGCGACAACCUGGCAAAAUUGGGACUACCCACUGUUGUCAAGUCUACUGAUGAUUUGCUACUCAUUAUGAAUGCGAUCAAGACCGAGGUCCUUGCCAAAAUCAGGCUAUGGGAAUACUAUGCGGUUGAUGUGGACCGAGAUGCCGACGAGGCAGUUCAAGCCUUCUCCCAAGGAAAGAAAUACACCUCUGAGGACGCUUCAGAUUUCGAGAAGAAGUUGGAGAGCGCCAAAUCUGCAUCAAUCAAGGACCAAGUCGAGUUCUUCAGAGAGUUCGGUUUAACAGGCACCGACCGGAUGGGUGAGCGGUUUCGAAGGCGUGUCAAGCCUGACGUAGCUGCCAGCUUUUUGGCUUCGUCCGUGGGUUCUUCCGAUGAGAAAGCAGCCAGGGCCAAGAUUGUCGAAAUCUUGGAGAUCCUCAAUGUAGACUACUACAAAGAGUAUGAUGCUGAAGUGGAUGACAUUCUUCAGCAGAUUUUCAACAGGAUCAAGUAUGUUCGACUUGAUGACCACGGUCCCAAGCUUGGCGAGAUCAACAAGGAGAACCCCCUGAUUGAGCCUUACUUCACCCGACUCCCCAAGAAUGAGACAACAUCCAAGCUCAAGCCCGAAGAGAUGGCUUUAGUCAACAAUGGAUGGGUUUGGGGCGGUAAUGCGCUGGUCGACAACGCUGGCCCUGAAUCCAGGGUGUACCUUCGCCGAGAGGUGAUUGUCUGGGGUGACUGUGUCAAGUUACGAUACGGCUCAGGCCCCGAAGACAACCCUUGGCUGUGGGAGCAUAUGACCAAGUAUGCUCGCACACUGGCCAAAUACUUUGCCGGUCUCCGUAUCGAUAACUGCCACUCAACUCCCAUUCAUGUGGCUGAGCACAUUCUUGACGAGGCUCGCCGGGUGCGACCUGACUUGUAUGUUGUGGCCGAAUUGUUCACGGGCUCUGAAGAGAUGGACUACGUUUUUGUGAAGCGUCUUGGUCUCAGCUCCCUUAUUCGUGAAGCCAUGCAGGCAUGGAGCACGGGUGAGCUUAGCCGACUGGUUCACAGACACGGAGGUCGACCCAUUGGAAGCUUUGAGGUCGAUGAAGUUUCCAAGUCAGAUGUUCGCACCCCAUCGAGUAGCCCGGCUAGGCUCAAGAACGGCGAGACGAACGGGCAUGUAUCGCAUUCAAGAGAGAUCAUUCGCAUGAUUAAGCCAAGCCCAGUUCAUGCUCUAUUCAUGGACUGCACUCAUGACAACGAGACACCGGCACAGAAGCGCGAUGCCCGCGAUACUCUUCCCAACGCUGCUCUUGUAUGCAUGUGCUCCAGCGCUACUGGUAGUGUUAUGGGAUACGAUGAAAUCUAUCCAAAGCUUGUCGACCUCGUCAACGAGACCCGGCUCUACACAUCUGCCUCGUCUGGAACGAAGCCUAUUAAGAUUGGGGGCGGCGAGGAGGGAAUUGGCGGCGUCAAAAAGCUGCUUAACCAGAUACACACUUUGAUGGGCAAGGAUGGAUACGACGAGACUCACAUCCAUCACGAGGACCAGUACAUUACUGUUCACCGAGUGCACCCCGAAUCUCGCAAGGGUUACUUCCUCAUUGCACAUACAGCUUUCCCAGGCUACGGCAAUGGCAACGGUGAUUUUAGCCCUGUUCAUCUCACUGGAACCAAAGCUCGACACCUCGGCAGUUGGAUGCUUGAGGUUGACGCCGGUGAAGAGGCAACGCAGCAAGUGCUCGGGGACAAGAAGUUCCUGCGCGGCUUGCCUAGCCGAGUGAAGGACGUACCCGGCAUCCGCAUGGAAAUCAAUGGCGACGACACUACCAUCACUGUGCGCGACAAGUUCCCUCCUGGAAGUAUCGCCUUGUUCGAGACCUGGAUCCCUGCUGCUGAGCAUUCGUCUGGCUUGGACAACUAUGUCACUUCAGGGUCCAAGGCUGCAUGGAAUGAGCUCAGUCUGACAGACCUCAACUUCUUGAUGUAUCGAUGUGAAGCUGAAGAGAGGGCCGAAAGCGACGGCCGAGACGGUGUCUACGAUAUUCCUGGACAUGGAAAGCUUGUCUAUGCUGGUCUCCAAGGAUGGUGGAGUCUUCUCAAAAACAUCAUUAAGGACAACAACCUGGCCCACCCACUGUGCCAGAACUUGCGUGAUGGUGAAUGGGCUCUGGACUAUAUUAUUGCGAGACUGCAGCGAAUCAGUGCCACUCCUGGUAAUGAGACACUUGCCCAACCCUUGAGAUGGCUAGAGGAGCGUUUCGAUGCCAUUCGAAAGAUCCCUAGUUUCCUGCUACCUCGUUACUUUGGUCUUGUCCUGCGUACUGCUUACAUGGCAAGCUGGGACAGAUCUCUCGAGCUCAUGAACUCCAGCGUCCGGGAUGGUCAAUGGUUUUUGCAAAGCUUGGCCAUGGUCAGUGUCCAGCAAGUUGGAUAUGUCAAGUCAGCAUCAUUGUGGCCAUUCAAGUUGGUUCCCUCUCUGGCUGCUGGUCUUCCUCACUUCGCUGUUGAAUGGGCCCGAUGCUGGGGCCGAGACGUGUUCAUCGCUCUUCGUGGACUUCUUAUUGGUACUGGCCGUUUUGAUGACGCCAGAGAACAUAUACUUGCAUUUGCCAGUGUAUUGAAACAUGGCAUGAUCCCUAAUCUUCUCAGCAGUGGCGAUGCUCCCAGAUACAACUCUCGAGACUCCAUCUGGUUCUUCCUUCAGUGCAUCCAGGAUUAUACACGUUUUGCCCCAGAGGGACUUGAUAUCCUCAAGGCCAAGGUCAAGCGUCGUUUCCUGCCUUACGAUGACACAUGGUUCCCCACCGACGAUGGGAGGGCAUACUCCAAAGAGAGUACUAUUGAGGAGAUUAUCCAAGAAGCACUCCAAAGACAUGCUUCCGGCAUGAAAUACAGGGAAGCUAAUGCCGGUCCCCAAAUUGAUUCCCAAAUGAAGGAUGAGGGUUUCAACCAGGAGAUCAAGGUUGAUUGGAGCAACGGUAUCAUCUUUGGCGGUAACCAGUUCAACUGUGGCACAUGGAUGGACAAGAUGGGUGAGAGUGAACGCGCAGGAUCCAAGGGAAUCCCUGGAACUCCUCGUGACGGUGCUGCUAUCGAGAUUACUGGCAUGCUGUACAGCACUCUCGAUUGGCUCGCUGGGCUUCAUAAGGAGGGAAAAUAUGCCUAUGCAGGCGUGGACAAAUCUGAGGGUGGCUCUAUCUCCUUGGCUGACUGGGCUGGUCUACUUAGGGCCAACUUCGAGCGCUGCUACUAUGUCCCCAUAUCUCCCGAGGAAGAUUCCAAGUACGACGUCAAUACGCCAAUUGCGAACCGCCGAGGGAUUUACAAGGAUCUCUACAAGUCUGGCAAGGAGUAUGAGGACUACCAGCUGCGUCCUAACUUUGCAAUUGCCAUGACUACUGCACCCGCUUUGUUCGACCCGGACCAUGCCAUGCAUGCGCUGUGUGUUGCCGAUGAGGCCCUUCGAGGACCUCAAGGAAUGGCGACUCUGGACCCUGCGGAUCUGAACUACCGCCCUUACUACGUCAAUAGUGAAGAUAGUGACGAUUUUGCUACAAGCAAGGGCCGUAACUACCACCAGGGACCCGAGUGGAUCUGGCCUACUGGCUUCUUCCUCCGAGCCCUUCUCAAGUUUGAUCUCAAGAGACGAACAACACCUGAGGGUCGCACCGAGGCGUUCCAGCAGGUUACCCGAAGAUUGAGUGGGUGUAAGAAGAUGAUCCAGGAGAGCCCCUGGGCUGGCCUCCAAGAGCUGACGCAAAAGAACGGCGAAUACUGCGCUGACUCUAGUCCCACACAGGCUUGGUCGGCAGGAUGCCUGAUCGACUUAUACAUGGACGCUACUGAGGAACAGAACAAGACAUAGAGCCAUUUUAAGAGAAGGGAGCGAUGAUGGGACCUGAGGAUUGGGCAUGGGCUUGAAUCAAGCAUACAAUACCACGCAUUAACUACUACUAUAGCAUUCUCCUGAUUAGGUUAAUAACAAGCAUCUUUAAGCGUUGUAGCAUUAACAUUGUUGAGCCAAAAGCCAAAAUGAAAUUGUCCA